AUGGGUGACGACAGCCGGCUCUGGCUAGCGACCCAUGGUAAAAGCGAGAAAAUUAGCGGCCCAUCUGGAGAAGCUCUGGAGAGUUCACAUGCGCAAGGAGGUGCAAGCUCUACGAACUGGCGUGUGCCGGACUUUCGAUCGCAAACGGCUCGUGAGAGCAAUACGGAAUUUGAUGCAUUUCAGCAUGAGCGUUCAGCCCUGCAUGGGCCCAAUGCAAUUCUCAGCAACAUAAGCAUUGAACAGACAGAUUCGAAUCCAGCUCUGAUGGAGCGCGCAUGGCAACAGAAUCCGCAUUACAUGUCUGUAAAAGUGCAGCAGGAUGGCCACCGAUUCAUUGAUGCAAUUGAGUCGGAGCUACAUGCACCUGAAGCGGGUGCGCCGUCCCAUGAAUUUGACUCGAUGCGGCCCCUCGUUCAUCUAGAAGAGACCUGGCGUCCACCAUCGCCCUCGCAGGGACUUUCAAUGAGCCGCGAGCAGUACGCGAUGCACGAAAACCUCGCCAAAUUGCAAACGGGGACCGGAAACGACAUUCAACCAUUCCGACAAGCCGAGAGUAUUCAGCCACCAGAGGAUGAUGCUGCCCUGGAAGAAGGUGUGUAUGCCCGCACGCCUGAAGCGGCGCUAGAAAGUGUAUGGAAUCCACAAAAGGCGCGUAUGUCGCGAGUCGCUCAUUUUCGCGAAGCAACUGCUGGAUCCAUUCCUUCUUCGUCUUAUACCAAAGUUCGUGGACAGGCGAUUGUCGACCGUCUGCGCGGCUGGCUUGUGCGCGAAGGAUAUGCAGAUGAAGUGUACGGACUUCCGCCCUUGACUGCGAAAAUGUUUGGCGAAGCGACGAUGGAUGCUCCGGAUGCUAAAACAGAAGAACGUCGAGCUACAGCUAUCCGACGUCUCGAUGCACUGUACCGGCACUUAUCUAUAUCGCAAACGGAAAAAGGAGAUCGCCGAAUCAAUCGCGAGCGCUGUGGUGCAUCGGAAAUGGAAGCAUGGCUCCAGAAAAACCAUUAA